AUGACGUCGGCUUCCGUUGAACUAGGGCUCAAUCUGAAUUUUUUCUACGCUUCAUGCAGAGUCGUAUUUCUUCUUGUGGGAGCUCCAAAAGCAAACACUACCCAGCACAACAUUAUAGAAGGAGGCCAAGUGCUCAAAUGUAACUGGAAUUCAAACAGAAACUGCCAGCCAAUUAUAUUUGACUCCACAGGCAACAGAGAUUUUGCUCCUGAUGAUCCUUUGGAAUUUAAGUCUCAUCAGUGGUUUGGAGCCUCUGUGAGAUCCAAAAAUGAUAAAAUUCUGGCCUGUGCCCCCUUGUAUCAUUGGAGAACUGAAACAAAGCAAGAGAGGGAGCCUGUAGGAACGUGUUACCUGCUUGCUGGAUCUAAAGCUGUGGAGUAUGCACCCUGCAGGUCUACCAUUAUUGAUGCGGAUGGACAAGGAUUUUGUCAAGGUGGAUUUAGUAUUGAUUUUACAAAGGGAGACAGAGUUCUGCUUGGAGGGCCUGGAAGUUUUUACUGGCAAGGCCAACUUAUUUCUGAUCGAGUGGCAGAGAUUGUGGCUAAGUAUGACUCAAAAAUCUACAGUACGAAGUAUGAUGACCAGUUAGCAACCCGACCGGCUAGUGCUGCUUUUGAUGACAGCUACUUGGGCUAUUCGGUGGCUGUCGGAGACUUCAGUGGUGAUGGCAUAGAAGACUUUGUAUCGGGAGUCCCAAGAGCAGCAAGAACUCUGGGCAUGGUGUCUAUUUACAAUGGGAGAAACAUGUCCUCUAUGUACAACUUCACUGGAGAGCAGAUGGCUGCCUAUUUUGGGUAUUCCGUGGCCGCCACAGAUAUCAAUGGGGAUAAUUAUACAGAUUUGUUUAUUGGAGCCCCUCUCUUUAUGGAUCGAGGUUCUGAUGGGAAACUUCAAGAGGUCGGCCAAGUUUCCAUUUGCCUUCAGCGAGCCUCUGGAGGGUUUCAGAUCACGAAGCUGAAUGGUUUUGAGAUAUUUGCAAGAUUCAGCAGUUCUAUUGCACCUCUGGGUGAUCUAGAUCAGGAUGGCUUCAAUGAUAUUGCGGUUGCUGCACCAUAUGGUGGAGAGGACAAGAGAGGGCUUGUUUAUAUCUACAAUGGAAGAGCAACUGGUUUGAAUGCGGUCCCAUCUCAGGUUCUUGAAGGGCAAUGGGCAGCUCGCACUAUGCCACCCAGCUUUGGGUACUCACUGAAAGGAGCCACAGAUGUGGACAAAAAUGGAUAUCCAGAUCUGAUUGUUGGAGCGUUUGGUGUUGACGCCGCUGUUCUGUAUAGGGCUAGACCAGUCAUCAGAGUAAAUGCUGCCCUGGAAGUUAAUCCAACCAUUCUGAAUCCAGAAAACAAAGCCUGUUCGCUGUCAGAUGUGAAAGUUUCUUGCUUUAAAGUGAAGUUCUGCUUAAAAGCGGAUGGCAAAGGGGGACUCCCUAAUUCACUCAAUUUCCAAGUGGAGCUGCUGUUGGAUAAACUUAAACAGAAAGGAGCUAUAAGGAGAGCUCUGUUUCUCCACAGCAAACAGCCUAGCCACUCUAAGAACAUGACUAUUACAAAGGGGGGCAAAAUGAAUUGUGAAGAACUUGAUGCCUUUUUGAGGGAUGAAUCUGAAUUUAGAGACAAACUAACUCCCAUUACUAUUUUUAUGGAAUACCGCCUGGAUUACAGAACAGCUGUUGAUGCAACAGGAUUGGCUCCUAUCCUCAACCAGUUCACUCCUGCUAAUAUGAGCAGACAGGCACAUAUUCUGUUGGACUGUGGUGAUGAUAAUAUCUGCAAACCAAAGCUGGAGGUUUCAGUAGACAGCGAUCAGAAGCGGAUCGAUAUUGGUGACGACAAUCCUCUGACACUAAUUGUCAGUGCUCAGAAUCAAGGGGAAGGAGCCUAUGAAGCAGAACUCUUCGUCAUCGUUCCACCCCAAGCAGACUUCAUUGGUGUUGUUCGAAACAGUGAGGCUUUAGCAAGACUGUCAUGUGCAUUUAAAACUGAGAAUCAAACUCGCAUGGUAGUUUGUGACCUGGGAAAUCCUAUGAAAGCAGGAACUAAGCUAUUAGCUGGCCUGCGUUUCAGCGUGCACCAGCAGUCUGAAAUGGAUACCUCCGUGAAGUUUGACUUGCAAAUCCGAAGUUCCAAUCUGUAUGACAAUCUAAGUCCAGUAACAUCCUAUCAGGUUGACCUUGCCAUUUUAGCAGCUGUUGAAAUUAGAGGUGUGUCGUCUCCUGACCACAUAUUCCUUCCUAUUGCAAAUUGGCAGCCGAAAGAAAAUCCAGAAACAGAAGAUGAUAUAGGGCCUCUAGUUCAGCACAUCUAUGAGCUGAGAAACAAUGGCCCAAGUGCUUUCAGUAAGGUGAUGUUGACUCUACAGUGGCCUUACAAAUAUAAAAACUACACACUGUUGUAUAUUGUUCAGUAUGAAAUUGAUGGUCCCAUGAACUGCACUUCUGAUAUGGAGAUCAAUCCAUUGAAAAUUAAGAUUUCUGCUUCUAAAGAUGAGGAUAAGAAUGAGACACUUAAUAGGGAAGAUAUUCGCGAUCAUCAUAUCAGUCGAAGGGAUUUAACUGCCAUUGAGGGAGACGUGCAUACUUUGGGCUGUGGAACUGCUGAUUGUUUAAAGAUAGUCUGUCAAGUUGGCCAGCUGGAAAGGGGCAAGAGUGCAAUAUUGUAUUUAAAAUCCCGUCUUUGGACCCAGACUUUCAUGAAUAAAGAAAAUCAGAAUCACUCUUAUUCUCUCAAAUCGUCUGCUUCGUUCAGUGUUAUAGAAUUCCCUUAUAAGAACCUUUCCUUUGAAGAUAUCCACAAUUCUACAAUAGUUACUACGAAUAUUACAUGGGGCAUUCAACCACAGCCUAUGCCUGUGCCAGUGUGGGUUAUAAUUUUGGCUGUCCUAGCAGGAUUAUUGCUCUUGGCUGUUCUAGUGCUUGUUAUGUACAGGAUGGGCUUCUUCAAACGUGUGAGACCGCCUCAAGAAGAACAGGAAAGAGAACAACUGCAGCCCCAUGAGAAUGGGGAAGGAACGUCAGAAGCUUAAGCAGAGUUUUAUCUGUAAGACAUUCUGAAACUUUAAAGAGCGUACAUACAUCAUUGUUACAAAAAUUGGUUUCCCUGUUAAGGAAAAAACACUCCUGACUGCGCUGCUGCCGAUGUCAAAAGGUAUCAGCACCUGCAAAAUAAGACCAACAUAUAUAAAUCCUCCCUUUGUAUUAAUCAUGUUGACACAUGUGACUAAUGCAUAUGCACUGAUUUGUGUAUUUAAAAAAAUUUAAUAGUAUGUAGUGCUAUGAUUUUGCUAAUGAAAAUGUAGGAGACAACAUCUUUUUUCAAUUCAGAGACUGGCAUUACGUGAGUUGCUACAGAGAUUUCAUUUAUACUCUUUAAGCCAGCAGCUUCUACAGAUACUUGCUGGAUUACAUGGAUUUUUGUUGUAGUACACUACACUUAAUUUCCUAGCUCAUGAAAGCUAGUUGCACAAAAACAAGCAUAGCUUGCUUUACAAAGCUGAAGAGUAUUCUUUGACCUAUUAAUUCUGCUGAUGAUUUUUCCUCCUGCUCAGAAAAUAUGAAAGAGAUUAUUCAGUGGAAUCAUUAACAUCCGAUCUCCUCUGCAUGCCAGUUCCCCUUCCUGCCUAUUCAUCUGUCCCCUGGGAUCUUACUGCCCUGUGCAGUCUCCUAUUUCUCCUCUGGGCUUCACAGAUACUGUUCUCCCAGCCCUAGGUCCCUUACCUUAAGGACUGAGGCUAUAGAAACAGAAGUGAGAGGGAGAAAGCUCCGGGGGUGUUGUACUCUCUAGGGGACCCAGUGAAAAGAUGCAGGGCAAGAUCCAGAGACUGUGCUGAGUAUUUCCAUAGAGCAGGAUAGAGAUGUCGCACAGAAUUGUUGGCAGUGUGGAUCCAUUCCGGUACUGACAGGGAUGAGAUGUUGAACAGCAGCUGCCAACAGGUGUGUCUGAUGUGAAAACCCAUAGCCUUCACGCCCACAGAUCAAACCUCCACAGGGCUUAAAGUUGAGUUUGUGUAUUACUUGGGUUGACCUUCCAUCUCUGGCAAAAUAAUAGAGAGAAUAUUGGUGACAGGUUACCUGAUACACCCUGGGGAAGCUGCUAAUAAUUUGCACGUUCUGUAGCUGACCUUGUCCCAAGUGCAGGAUUGAGUACUACAGAGACUGUUUAGACUACGCUAUCUGCCAGCCAAACGUACCCAGAUUACGUUAGUACUUUAGCAGUGCCCACCCCUGCCCUGCCACCUGCCCUGAAAGAAUAGUCAACUUGUCAAUGAAGCAGCGUGGAAGGAUUUGAUUAGGAAAGGUUGAUUUGGCUUGUUUAAUGUUAAUCUUGCACAAAAGACUCCAUUUCAUUACCACAAAAGACACUAAGUAUUUUCUGUUUCAUUGUUGGCUUUUAAAUGUACUAAAAUUGGAUCCAAAAACUUCAGUGAAUUAAAGCCAAGCGCUUGAAUCUUUCUUAACUUACUUCCCUCAAUAUUGGUAUAGUAAAAUGAAGCCUCCUAUACUUACGAAAGAACAACACAAGAAGGGGGUCUGUAUGCAUUUUGAUAACCAUGUAACUGCUAGUUAGUAGAUUAGUUGGCUUGUAACCACAUGUAGCUGUGCUGCAGAAAUCUUAGAGUGGACAUACUUUAGCUAGUACAAAAGUGCCUUAUUUGAGAUUCGUUUAUUCUCCAUUCAAAAAGGAGAAUAAACGACGUUGUGGACUCCUUAAAUGAAGCCACAUACGGAAUGGAAGGCUUCUACUAUAAUUAUACCAUUGUAAUUUCUAAGCUAACAAGCUCUUAGAGGGACAAAAACUCUUUUUGGUUCGGUUUGUGUUUGUAUUGCGUUUUUUUUUUGUUCAAAGCUGCAUCUUUCCCAUAAAUAGCGCAAUGCUCAGUAAACCCAGAAUUAUCUGAAAUGAACAGUUCAAUUCAUCCUUCAUUACUUCAUACUUUCUGAGAUUUAAAAUCCACGAAUGACUUUCACUGUUAAGUCCACUCAUUUUCACUGUACUUUAAUGGCGUUUGAGUCAUUAAGGGAGACAGCACAAAGUUAACGUGAGGGCCAAUUUGUAUUUUAGAUAUAGGCUUGCACGUUUAUCUAUUUACGUGUUUGUGUUUUAGACAAUUUCUUUAGUUUAUAUGGGAGGGUAUAGGGCAAAAUUCUGGUUCCACUGAAUUUUCAAGGUUGUCAGUAUGGUCAAGGUUUCAUUCUUGCCUUUACUUCUCGUAUUGUUACUACUAAUGUAGUAGAGACUCAGGAGUCGGGCUUUGAUCCUUGCCUUAAAGUGUGACUUUUACAAAACAGUUUCAUUUCACGGGCUUCUAGGCUUUCAGUUGCAUACAUACGGCAACAUACUUUGCCAGCUGAUUAUCUCUAUGGGAGAGGAUCGAUUUUACUCGGUCUCAGUCGUAGUAAGUUAAGAGGUUUAAGAUGCUGUCAGUAGACAGGUAAUAGCUCUAAUUCUUACCUGUGUGCUUUUGUUACGUGUGCACACUGAGUUGACUUGAAAUUCGUUAGACUACUACAUGUCUAGGCAUUAUAAGGAGAUGGGGAGGGAAGAAAAAGGAUGGUUAAAAUUCCUUCGGCUUACGUGGAAGGGAUACCCCAGCCCUGUUAACAUCAGUGCUAACUACAUCUUAAUUUUGCUGUGGCAACUAGAAACCUUUUGCUAUGUUUCAGGAUAGAAAGGUACAUUUUAUUGGUACAACUGCUGUAGCUAUGGAAAGUUUCUUCUGCGCAUUGAAAUUACAUAAAGUAAGACUUUAAUUUAAGUGAUUUUUAUUUUCUUACAUUCUACUAGAAAAUAAAAUAAUUGCUUCUCCAUGUCCACAUGAACACAAAUAUAAUGUCUCAAAUUCAGUUUAAAAUUACAUCUGAGUUUAGGAGAGAUUCUGAACAAAAUGCUUUCCUGAAUGGGGAUGGGAGUGAAGGGAAAUCUUUGGUUUUACAUUCUAGUUUGGCAGUAAGAUUACAGAAUAUAUACGCACUUGUGUUACUAUAGAUUUCCCAGUGGCUUACAGGCACUGAUGCAUUCUUAUAAGCAAAUAUUUUAGAGUGAUGUUGAAACUUUUAAAGAAACCUUUAAAAAUGUAUUUUGGAGUGAAAUGAAUGCCCCUAAGUCAAAAGUGAUGUGCGUAAGAUGCAUAUUGCAAGCAUAAUAAAAGACAAGUAUGGUAGUAGAUAAUUGACUUAGUCGUCUUUUGAGAGAGUUAUCUUAGGCAAACAUAGCUUAAUGUAUAUAAAAUCAGCAAUUAUGUAAUUUUACCCUAUGGAAACAUUUUAGAGAGCUAGAUCUUUUAUAAUGAAAUACAAAAUUCUACAACUAGUCCAGUUUGCAAUUAUUGCAGCAUCUCAUGAUGCAUAUUAAAAGAUGAUUUAUAUUGUAAGAUGUGUAUUAUCUGGUACUAUAUUUGACAAUACUUAGAAAAUGUAAAGAGAGGAACCUAUUUUAUAAGUUUACAUUUCUUUCAAGAAACGCUACCAAAUUCUGGAUUCGUUCUUGAGCGUGACUGCAAAGUCAAAACAUGGGAUACAUUUAUCAAAAUAAGUUGAAAUCUUUGAGACAUAUUCACAGAUGUUAGUAUCAAGCUUAUGGAUUGUAUUUGCCCCAUUUUUCUGUUUAAAAUUUUGAUUUACAUGCUGAUCUUUGAUUCACAUAAUGCUUAUGAAAUUUUCUUACAAUUUGUAACACUUGUCCUUUCUUUAUAAAUUCCAAGCAAACAUUUUGAAUACUUAAUGCUUUCUGAAAUUGUAUCCACGCUUAACUAGUCUUUAUGAUAAACUUUCACGGGUAUAUUUCAAAAAUAUUUCGGCUGUAUUCAGCAUGUUCUUGGUACUUGGAAGGAUUCAUGUUGCACUUUCAAAGGAGUAUAGCAAUAGACCUGUGUUCAGAAAAAAUGCAAAGACCUGUGCAACUGUUCCUGAAGAGUGAGAGAAGACUUCCAGCAUUCCAAGCCCAAAGGCUUCCACCUUUUGAGGGAAUGAGAGAUUUUUUGCACCAUUCUGGUCUGCUGAUGGAUAUCCUGGCGUAGGUGCUGCAGUAUUUUUUUUUUUUUUUCCCCGCACCCUUAUGAGUAGUCACAGAUUAGCAUUAGCCCAGUGAAAAUCUGUUCGGCUUCUGUCUGCGGUCUAGGCUGAGGCCUAUUCCUCAUAGUUUAAUGAAGCCACUGAAAACCUGACAUUAAUUUCAGCUGGCUUUGAAUUAGGCCCUUGGUGUUCAAUGCUGACUGUUAAUACGAAAAAUAUAGGAUUUUUUAAAAGGAAAGCGGAAAUCCAAAAUGAAAAGGAAGAUGGCAGCCUAUAGAUUUGUUGAGCCUUCUGCAAAGAAAGAUUUUUUUCAAUUGUCUGUUUCUGAGGUAGGAAGAACUCAUUAGUUCGGUUGUUGGUGGCCUCUAUCACGAAGAAAUGCCAAUGCUUGGGAGCAUGAUCACAUACUGAGCUCUAAUAAUUCUCAUUGACUUCAGUGGGACCUGAACUCUUUGGUACUGAAUCUCCCAAAUGCAAUACAACGUUAUUAUCAGAUCUAGUUCACUGCCAAGUCAUUUGUUAAUUUUCGUUUGUCUAAUAAGGGAUGUAGUAUUUGUUGACUGGCAGUGGUCGAUAUUUUUAAGGACAUUAACAAAACCAGCGUAUUAAACUGAGGUGAUAAAUGAAUGCUUGUAGGAAGUUUUUGAUCACCCACAUUGGGUGAGACAUGAUGUAUAUUCUAAUGCUUAUCCAUUACUGAAUCUUGAGUUACUGAGAAUUGGUACAAUGUUCCUCUUUAAGUCCACUGUGGAAAAUUUGACUUAGAGACUAUAUAAUAAUGUGUUUGAGUCUAGUGCUACUACUGUUUCAUAUGGUUAUGGUAUCUAGAAUUUCAUUGUAUUUUCUCCAGUGUAUAAAAUUAAAAAAUAAUAACAAAGGAAAUUUAGGCUUAUAUGCAUUGACCUCCACGUAUUUUGCAUUAACAUUGACUAACUUGGCCCUUGGCUUUUGCAAAGUAAAUGAAGAUUUAAUGUAGCAUUUGAGUCUGCAAAAAUCAUUUUCAGGUUUAUGUGGCCCUUUCUAUUCCAUGAAGGAAAGAGAUUUGUUACGAUACAAAUAUUUUGAAAAUGUAACAGUUUAUUUCUUCAUAGCAGAAUUUUGUGCAUGGAUUUUUGCUCGUGCGUUAAAUUAGUAUAGCUUUGUUUGCAUAAGCAGGAAAAUUAACUUACUAACAGGAUAGCUGCAUUUUGGGUUUCUUAGUCAUGUCAUAUAUUUAAUGAAACAAACAGGAAUAUUUUCAGCAACUAUGAACUUGUUUCAAAGGCCUUUGGUACAUUUAAAGAGAGCAAUAUACAUUUGAAGCCACCUUAUUUUUAUUAAAAUAUAAAUCUUGCAAAAAAAAAAAAAUGUGGGUAUUGUAGCACAGUAAUUUUGUAUUGAUAUCAAAUAUAGCUAUUAAGCUAUGGUUUUCUUUUCAACUCAUUCUUUUCAUCCUAAUUCAAAUUUAAAAUGAUUUUAUUAGGUUAUAUUUUCAUAUAAAUGUUUUCAAUUUUGAAAUAUUAUGAUUGGAUAAACAGUUUGAGAAAUGUUCUUGUAAGUAUUACGUUGAUUUUGGUGAUAAGAAUUUUGGAAUAAAAUACCUCUGAAUUAACAGGUCUUCUCUGAAUCUUUUCCAGGAAUAUUCAUUUUUUUUUCCAUAUAUUUAAUUCAGCUGAAAAUAUUUCAUUAUACAUGUCUGUAACCCACAGUAAUCUACUAAAUAUGAAAAGAUCUCAUCACGUUACUUUUACCUUCUCAGCUAAAAGAGCAUGUAUUAACCUCGAGUCAAAAGGAUUUGUAACCACGAGCAAGAAAGAGAUCUGUUCAGAAAUUGUUUUCUCUCAUCAUCAGAAGACAAUUUCCUAAGAAUUUCUGUAUGCCAAGAGUAAUUUGUUCAGAUUUCAUAGUUGUCUCAUCACUGUGGAAGAUGGUUAUUUUUUGCCCUUUUCCCUAUUUCAGGAAAAUUCUGAAAUAGAUGGUAUUUCUUUUCUUGUUGUAUUAUUAGACUAAUUUAAUCUCUGAGUGUUUUGAAUUCUUUCUAGUUCAUCUUUGUGAGUGAAUAGAUAGUAAAUAUUUUGCUCGUCAAAAUAAAGGGGUACACUUUCAUUUUC